AUGGCGCCCGUCAUGUCCCCUCCGACCCGUCCUGGUCCCCUGCCGCCGCGGAUUCCAUUCCAUAUGCUCAUUCCCUCCACCACCACCACCACCACCACCGUCCCCUCCCUCCGCUCCUUUUUAUCCCAUGAUCCACCACCACCACGUCCGCCUCGCCACCACUGCGCGCCCGUCCACAGCCACCACAACCACAAUGCCUCCUCCCAUCCUCCCUCUGCCUCCUCCUGCUCCCUGCUGCUCACCGCCGCCCCCGCCUCCGCCACGCCGGAGCAGGACGCGUACGCGUUGUCCAGGCUGAAGGCGUCCUCGUACCGUCCACCGCCAACUCCACCUCCGCCGCCGCCGCGCUGUCCGACUGGGACCCUGACCGCGACCCCGCCGGCGCACUGCGCCUUCACGGGCGUGACCUGCGACGCCGCCACGUCGCGCGUCGUCGCGAUCAACCUCACGGCCGUGCCGCUCCACGGCGGCGCGCGCCCUCCCGAGGUCGCGCUGCUCGACGCGCUCGCCAGCCUCACCCCGUCGCCGCCUGCUCGGCCCUUCCCGUCUCCGCCCUCCGCCUCUACCUCCAUACCGUACUUCCCGGCGCUCGAGCUUCGUCGACGUCUACAACAACAACCUGUCGGGCCUGCUCCCGCCGCUGGCGCGCGCACGCGCGCACCCUCCGCUACCUCCACCUCGGCGGGGAACUACUUCAACGGCUCCAUCCCGGACUCGUUCGGCGACCUCGCCGCGCUCGAGUACCUGGGGCUCAACGGCAACGCGCUGUCGGGCCGUGUCCCGCCGUCGCUCUCCGCCUCACGCGCCUGCCCCCAGUCGCUCGACCUCUCCAUCAACGACCUGAGCGGCGAGAUACCCGCCACCUUCGCCGGCCUCACCAAUCUCACGCUGCUCAACCUCUUCCGGAACCACCUCCGCGGCGAGAUACCGGAGUUCGUCGGCGAGUUCCCGUUCCUCGAGGUGCUGCAGGUGUGGGACAACAACCUCACCGGCAGCCUCCCGCCCGCGCUCGGCAGGAACGGCCGUCUGAAGACGCUGGACGUCACCGGGAACCACCUCACCGGUACCAUACCGACGGACCUCUGCGCCGGACGGAACCUGCAGCUGCUCGUGCUCAUGGACAACGCCUUCUUCGGCAGCAUUCCGGACUCGCUCGGCGACUGCAAGACGCUCACGCGCGUCCGCCUCGGCAAGAACUUGCUGACUGGCCCUGUCCCGGCCGGGCUCUUCGACCUUCCCCAGGCGAACAUGCUGGAGCUCACCGACAACCUGCUCACCGGCCAGCUCCCGGACGUGGUCGCCGGCGACAAGAUCGGCAUGCUCAUGCUGGGGAACAAUGGGAUCGGCGGCCGCAUCCCCACCGCCAUCGGCAACCUCCCUGCGCUGCAGACGCUGUCCCUGGAGUCGAACAACUUCUCUGGCCCCCUGCCGCCGGAGAUCAGCAGGCUCAGGAACCUCACCAGGCUCAACGCCAGCGGCAACGCGCUCACGGGCGGCAUCCCGAGGGAGCUCAUGGGCUGCGGCUCCUCGGCGCCAUCGACCUCAGCCGGAACAGCCUCACCUGGCGAGAUACCGGACACCGUGACGUCGCUCAAGAUCCUGUGCACGCUCAACGUGUCUCGGAACAGGCUGUCGGGAGAGCUGCCGCCGGCGAUGUCCAACAUGACGAGCCUCCACGACGCUGGACGUGUCCUACAACCAGCUGUGGGGCCCCGUGCCGAUGCAGGGCCAGUUCCUGGUGUUCAACGAGAGCUCGUUCGUCGGCAACCGGGGCUGUGCGGCGCGCCCUUCGCCGGCGGCGCGCGUGCCCUCCUUCCUCCGGCGGCGCGCGUUCGUUGUUCUCUCUGCGUCCGUGGGACUCGAAGAAGCUGCUGGUAUUGCUGUUCGUCCUCCCCUCACCCUCCUGGUCCUGGCCAUCCUGGCGCGCGCAUGGCGCGCGAGGCGUGGCGUGAGGCGGCGCGGCGGCGGUCGGGAGCCUGGAAGAUGACGGUGUUCCAGAAGCUGGACUUCUCGGCGGACGACGUGGUGGAGUGCCUGAAAGAGGACAACAUCAUCGGCAAAGGGCGGCGCGGGGAUCGUGUACCACGGCACGACCCGCGGCGGCGCCGAGCUGGCGAUAAAGCGGCUCGUGGGGAGAGGGAGUACAUGUGCAUGGAUGUGGCAAGGCUUGAUCUCUUAGGCACAGUAAACUCUGAUCAUGAUCUAUUCAAAUUCCGCACACUACUCACAAGAAAACUGCAAUUACUUCAAACUGAUGUGCUACAAGCCGUGUGA